AUGGAAAUCUCAGUAAACUCACGUAAGAAACCAAACUUGACUAAUGACCAAAGACAAUGCAUUUACCAAAUGUUAUUGCAGCAAAGUGUCGAUGGUGGAUUGAAAAGUGAAACCACAAAGGAUGUGGCGACACUCUUCUUCGUAUCAGCCCGGACUAUAAAUUGCAUUUGGCUUGACGCUAAACAUCAACUUCAACAUGGAUCGGUUGUUGAUGUAUCUUCGAAAAGGGCUAAUGUAAUUAUACAAAAAAGGAUACAAAUCGAUUAUACUCAUGUCUCACAAAUCCCAUUACGUUGUCGAACGACUAUUCGCCCUCUAGCAAAAGCAAUAAAUAUUUCGAAAACAACGAUGCAUAGAAGAAUCAAAGAAGGAGCUUUACGACCACACACAAAUUCGAUUAAGUCGGAUUUGACCGAUGAGAAUAAGAAAGCAAGGUUAGUGUUUUGUUUAUCAAGUGUUACUAGAUCUUUGUCAAAUGCUACUCCGAUAUUUCAUGAUAUGUUUAAUGUGAUUCACAUUGAUGAAAAAUGGUUUUAUUUGUCAAAACCAUCCAAACGUUACUACUUAGUUCCCAAUGAGGAUGAGCCGUAUAGAACAUGUAAGUCAAAAAAAUUUAUCACAAAAGUAAUGUUUUUAGCGGCAGUUGCACGACCAAGAUAUGAUUCACUAGGUAAUGAAGUCUUUUCGGGAAAGAUCGGUAUAUUCCCAUUCACAACUUUGGAACCCGCAAAAGGAUCAAGUAAGAAUCGUGUUGCUGGAACGUUAGAAACAAAACCGAUCUUAUCGGUGACUAAAGAAGUCACGAGGUCUUGGUUGAUCGACAAAGUACUAUCGGCUAUUAGAUCAACAUGGCCAAGAGAUCACAUGGGUCCAAUUUUCAUUCAACAAGACAAUGCAAAGCCGCAUAUAGAUGUCAAUGAUGCGGAGUUCAAUCGCGAGGCAUCUAAAGAUGGGUUUGAUAUACGACUAUGUUUUCAACCUCCAAACAGUCCAGAUUUAAAUGUGUUAGACCUCGAGUUUUUUUGGGCGAUUCAAUCUCUUUAA